UUGAUUAUUAUUUGGAUUGAUUUAUUGAUUUUUCAUCGAAUAUCGUUGAUUUUUUUUGUCUACUUUUUUUUAUUGGUCAUUUUAUCCCAUUUUAAUGAAUAAAUCGGCCAUUACGAAACGAAUUGGUACAUUGUUGGUCAGUUUUUUGCUGUUUAUGGCAGCAUUUGUCAUUAAUAGCAGCGAAUCAAGAAGUUUCACAUUGCUUGGAUGUCUUGGUGAAUAUGACAUUAGUAAAUUUACUGAAUUAGAUCGAAUAUGUGAAGAAUGUUAUAUUCUUUAUCGUGAACCUGAAUUAAACAUCAGUUGUCGGAAAGAUUGCUUCCGAAACGAAGUGUUUGGUAAUUGUGUUGAUGCGUUAAAAUUAUCACAUGAAAAAAAGAAACUUCUGGAAUUUGUCGAUCAAGUAUUUGGUUGAUCAAAUCACCGAAACCAACAAUAACAACAACAACAACAAAAACCAUUAACAAUCAAUCAAUAAGAUCUAUCUUACUGUCUAUCUAUCUAUCACUGGUCCUGGUGUGUUACCUUGCUGCUUUGUUUUUUCACAGCAAAAAAAAAAAAUCCAACAGUUUUUGAAAUAGAACCAAAUUGGAAAAUUCAAUAAUUUUUAGUUCGCUUCCCGUUGCCAGUAUUUUACAAUUUUUAAUCAAAUUUUUUUUCAUUUUAUAACCAAAAAACAA